AUGACAUCAAAUAUUGUAGAAUCAGUUAAUGCAGUCACAAAGGCAGCUAAGAAUUACCCCAUUGUGUCGUUGCUAGAGUCUUUACGACAAACAGUGCAAAUUUGGUUCUGUAAACAUAGAGACGAGGCGCAUGGACCUUUGACAAUGUUGACAAGCAAGUUUGAGAAUAAUUUAAGAAAAAUGAGUUCAGAAUUAAGGAACUUAAGGGUAUCUGCUUCCAACCAGACAAUUUUUUCUGUCAUCAGCAAUGACAGGUCUACCUUUGUUGUUGAUAUUGAGGAACGUACAUGCACGUGUCGGAUGAUGCAAGUCGAUCGGAUGCCCUGUCCACAUGCAUUAGCUGUAAUUGAGCAUACAAAAAGGGAUCCGUAUGCUUAUUGUUCAUAUUAUUACACAAAGGAUGCAUUUUUAAAAGCUUAUGAACAUUCAGUAUAUCCUAUUGGAAACCCAGACGAAUGGACAGUUCCUAACGAAGUACAAAACCAAAUUGUGUUACCUCCUGACCAAAAAUGA